GGCGGAGCCCGGCCUGCCGAGGCUUUAAAGACGCUGCGCCAGCUAAGUCCUGCCGCGUAGGGACCAGCACGCAGUGGAGAGGGAGGUCGGUUCAGCAGAGAGUCAUAAUGGGAAGUAAAGGGGGGUUCAUCCUGCUUGGGCUCCUGCUGUUCCUGGCUGUUCUCUGCCAUUCAGGUCAUGGCCUCACAUGCUUCUCCUGUAUGAGACCCUUUUACCGGUGUACUACAAACCAGACUUGUGCAGUUAACUACAAUACAUGUCUCUAUGUUGAUGCCGGGAUUAACAAAUAUUUUCAGUGUUGGAAGAAGGAUGACUGCAAAUUUGAUACACUUGCAAAACACUUUGGAGAAAAAGAGCUACAGUACCGCUGCUGCCAACAGGACAUGUGCAACAAAGACCCUGAAGGUGGUAAUUCCAAGGCAGCAGGAAAGACUGCUCUGCUGGAGGCUCUGCUGGCCGCCCCACUGCUGGCCACAGCCUGGAACCUUUGCCUCUAAGUCCACUGCUUAUCCGCAACACCCCGGCUCUAUAUAUUUCUGGCUUCCUUUACUGCUGUCUUCCAGAGCAUGUUUGUUUUGUUUUGUUUUGUUUUCCAGCUGAAUCUAGUUGGGAAAGAAUAAGGCUAGAAUGAGCAUCUCUGACAAAAGAGGGUGAAACUGGACACAGAAAGAGUCCUUCACACCAGCUUUUGCAUGAAGGGAAAUUACUCCACUGCAACCAGAGGGCAAAAUGGAUUAACUCAAUUAACCUGGCAGCUCCCAAAGAGUGUUCGAUUUUAUAAAAGUAGAAUGGGGCUGGGGGGGGGGGGGGCUGAGGACAGACUGGAAAUCUAGAGAUGGAUUUGGGGGGCCAUCAGGAAGGGUCAAAGGCUCCCAGAUUUCCUGCCUCCAGGACCCUGGCUUCUCAAGCUUCCUCGCAGUACAAAGCCCAUAACAUUAUUUCAAGAGGGUAAAGCCUACAGGAAGAAGGUAGGGAUUGGAGUCCCCUGAGGCUGUCCUUUUGCUUCCAGGUUGACUCUAGCAUAUUAACUGUUGGAGUCAAGUUGAACCUCAGGUCUCUACCCCCAGCACUAUAUUAAGACAGUCUCAUCCUUUUGAGAACCAAGUUUCAAGAGGGACUUUGAAGACCAGUCUUGUUCCCAUAGGAGUCCCAUUAGAAGGAAGAAGUCUCCUGGCUCACCCACCUGCAGGGGGGUCACUUCACAAGCAGUGAAGCAAGCCUACAGGUGUCUUGUCUUUCUCUCCCCCUCUCUGUCUUCCCCUCCUCUCUCCAUUUCUCUGUCCUAUCCAACAAGGACGACAUCAAUAACAACAAUAAUAACAAGGGCAACAAAAGGAAAUAAAUAUUUUUAAAACUCUAUAAAAAAAAGGAGAGUUGAGCAGUAGCACAGCGGGUUAAGCGCAGGUGGCCACGCAAAGCGCAAGGACUGGAAUAAGGAUCCCGGUUCGAGGCCCUGGCUCCCCACCUGCAGAAGAGUCAUUUCACAGGUGGUCAAGCAGGUCUGCAGGUGUCUAUCUUUCUCUCCCCCCCAUCUUCUCCUCCUCUCUCCAUUUCUCUGUGUUCUAUCCAACAACAACGACAUUAAUAACUACAACAAUAAAACAAUAAGGGCAACAAAAGGAAAAACAAAUAUUAAAAAAACGGAAGAAGUCUGAAGUAUGUGUGGUUUGAGUUAGGCUAUGUGCUUCUUCCUGGCUCUUUGCAGGGCUAGCUCUCUAAUGCAGAUUCUCUGCAGUCCUUUCUGAUUGCUUCGAUGUAUCUAAAGAAUGUGAUCAGUGCUUGUGGGGAGAGGAGAAGGUGGGUGACUAGAGUUUCUUUUUGGAACAGCCUCUCACAGAGAAUAGUGCCAUCCUCUCUCUCUAUGGCUCCUGUGUUGCCUUGUAGCCACAGUGAGUGGUCCAGAUGUGAACUAGUAAAUAAUUCCCAAGGUCUAAUGUCAAAUGACAUUUGUUUUCUUACAAUAUAGACUGUAUAAACAUAGAUUGACUGAGUUUGCAGAUGAGAGUGGAAUUUUUUGAUCAGCAAUUUUUGAAACUCCAUUAUGUAUUCUGCUAGAAAAACUGGGAUGAACUUUGCCUUUCUGAGAAUAAAAUUAAUCAAAUUCAUGAA